CUCUAAUCCGAAUAUCUUCUAGGGUUUUAGAACUAUAUAAUUUUAUCUCGCUCAAAGUCGGCGCACAAUCGCGCAGGGAGUCCGAUACUUCAUCAAAGGUACAUUUGAGAUUCAAAAGUCUUUUAACUACCUGAGCAAAAAUGUCUGGUGAGGAAGUUGUUGUUGAGGCUCCGACCCCAGUUCCAGUUCCAGCUAUCGGUGAGCCGAUGGAUAUUAUGACAGGUUUGCAGCUUGUUUUAAGAAAAUCUCUAGCACAUGGUGGGCUAGCUCGUGGUCUUCAUGAAGGUGCAAAGGUUGUUGAGAAGCAUCAUGCCCAGCUUUGUGUAUUAGCUGAGGAUUGCAACCAACCAGAUUAUGUAAAGCUUGUGAAAGCUCUUUGUGCAGACCAUAAUGUCAGCUUGAUCACAGUCCCUAGUGCUAAGACCCUUGGAGAGUGGGUUGGUUUGUGCAAGAUCGAUUCUGAGGGAAAGGCAAGAAAAGUUGUCGGUUGCUCAUGCGCUGUUGUUAAGGAUUAUGGUGAGGAAAGUGCAGGUUUAACUGUUGUUCAAGAAUAUCUCAAGAACCAUUAAGCAAGAGACCAGACAUAGAUGUUGUCAAGUAAUUUGGCUAUGUUGGAUUCUUUCUAUUAAAUUUUCCUAGAUUGCUGACAAUUUUGAUUUUAGGUAAAUUUUUGCUGCUUGUUUCUGUUGUAAGAAAGAAUUGAAGAAGGCAGAAUUAUGUACUUUUUAAAAGUUAAUUUGUUGAGCCUUUAAUUGCCU